AUGUUCCUGCCACGCAAGCUCCAAAAGCGUUCCAACGCCGGUCGCGCCGCUGCGCCAAUCGCAACGAAAACAGCUGCAGAAGAUCCCAACGACAAGGUCAUUAAAGUAGUCGAAUCACCUCAGAAAGGGCAGCAAUCUUCUUUGCUGCACGACAGUCCUUCGGCGAACAGAAGUGAUACUCUAGGCGCGUCUCUAAGCCCUCCUCCCAAGUCAUGUCGCACAGGUGUCGAGGCGGCUAAGCUGGAUCGGCUCGUCGACUUCCUUUACAUGCGCCUGUCACCUCUAAAUCUCACGCUGAGCCAGACGAAACACCCUCCUGACGGGCGCGAUCCAGGGGACGCUCCUCAGCAAGCCUAUUCGAACACAUUGCCGAAAACAUCCUCUGACCAGCCUUUCAUAGAGAGCAAAUCUGCCACCAUCCACCUUGCGCGUCUGUUGACCCUACUACCUGGUCUCGACACGCGCUGCAAAUCCGUCACUCUGCUGUCGGAAGCUCUACAGACGCUUGCCACGGGCGCAGCUGCAAACUGGUUUGUCGUCCACGAAGACACUUUCGUGCUCGAAUGGCUGCCUCCCUACAUCCGAUUCAAGGACCUGAUCUCCACAUCAUGGAGUCCGUCCCUCAUCUCUCCGCAGCUGGCUCCGCUGUUGGUGUACGCAGAGUCAAUACCACCCAAAAUACGAACCAGGGCCCAAGCAGCCGCAUACGUUCAUAAUCUCAUGUUCGCCCGUCUUACCGAUCAAACUGGUCCCGGCAUCGUAGUCGGCGUCUUCGAACCAAGCACCGUCGACCGAUAUCUCAUGACAGGUCGCAACGAGCCACUUCCUGCAUCCGUCCUCGAAGAAAAAUGGACAUCGGGCCGGGGCUUCUUCCUCCUCAAUUCCUCGGACCUCGUCAGCUCGUUGUGCUCCGAAUACCCUUGGCACUUUUCAGACAGGGCAGUGAACGAAGAGAAGUAUGACAAGACGAAGUUGAUUGGCGGCACGACUGAACCGAUACGGUGCCUCUCAUGGGGAGGCUGGGUCGAGAUGCGCGAGCAGUACUGUAAACAGCAGGAGCUGAUCAAAGAGAAAGCACAGACAGCAUCCUCAGGUCAAUGCGAGCCAGAAGGAAAGCUCGAUUCAACUCACGCCAACACUGUCCAAGACAGACGCGAACGCAAAAGCACAGGUGAGCCGUCUGGUGGUAAUCAACGCGGUAAGUGGUAUCGUGGUACCAUCUUGCUGCUCUCGCUCCAUCCUACUCCGAGUACGAGCGAUGCCUUGAUCGUCCCGCCUUUCAACGAAGCAUCUCAAGUCACGCCAGAGUUUCUGCAUAGAUACCUCAAGCCUCAGCUCGAGCAGCGGGUGCCCGAAUCCAUCUCCUAUAUCCACUCGCAUCGAUCAGCGAGCACGGACGCCGCCGUCGUUCAGGCGGCCAUACGUACAGCGCAUCCUCAUCUUGCCAACCAGCUCCUCACACACUUCAGCGAACUCAAAAGCAUGGACGAGACAGACGAAGAUCAGUACUGGUUCCAGAUGCCGGACAAGCCACGUAUCAGUGCACUCAAUCGUUUGCGCAGAAUCAGCGCCAAGCUCAACACCGACACGGCCUGA